AUGGUCCUCUCCGCAGCGCAGACUGCGCCCCAUACGGGGGCCACCAACACGACGUUCGUAGUCUAUGAAAACAUGUACAUGAAUAUCACGGUCCCACCACCAGUCCAGCAUCCUGGCAUUGGGCUUAGAUACGAUUUGGACACCCUGGCUCCCACGGGGAUGAGUUCCUUGACCGUGAAUAGCACAGCUGUAACCCCAACACCAGCAGCUUACCAGAGCCUACACCUGCCUCUGCAAAUCAUCCUUUCCGCUAUCAUGAUAUUUAUCCUGUGUGUGUCUUUUCUUGGGAACCUUGUGGUGUGCCUCAUGGUUUACCAAAAGGCUGCCAUGCGUUCUGCCAUUAACAUCCUCCUGGCCAGCCUGGCGUUCGCAGACAUGCUGCUCGCUGUGCUGAGCAUGCCCUUUGCCUUGGUGACUAUCCUCACUACCAGGUGGAUCUUUGGGAAGUUCUUCUGUAGGAUAUCUGCCAUGUUUUUCUGGCUGUUUGUGAUUGAGGGAGUAGCCAUCCUGCUCAUCAUUAGCAUUGACAGGUUCCUUAUCAUAGUCCAGAGGCAGGACAAGCUCAACCCCUACAGGGCGAAGGUUCUGAUCGCAGUGUCUUGGGCAGCUUCCUUUUGUAUAGCUUUCCCGUUGGCGGUGGGCAACCCUGACCUGCAGGUCCCUUCCCGAGCACCCCAGUGCGUGUUUGGGUACACAACCAACCCAGGUUACCAGGCUUACGUGGUUUUGAUUUCUCUCAUUUCUUUCUUCAUACCCUUUCUGGUGAUACUGUAUUCCUUCAUGGGUAUACUCAACACGCUCAGGCACAACGCCUUGAGGAUCCAUAGCUACCCGGAGGGCAUAUGCCUCAGCCAGGCCAGCAAACUGGGUCUCAUGAGCCUGCAGAGGCCCUUCCAGAUGAGCAUCGACAUGGGCUUUAAAACACGUGCCUUCACCACCAUCUUGAUCCUCUUUGCCGUCUUCAUCGUCUGCUGGGCCCCUUUCACCACUUACAGCCUUGUGGCCACGUUCAAUGAGCACUUUUACUAUCAGCACAACUUCUUUGAGAUUAGCACCUGGCUGCUUUGGCUCUGCUACCUCAAGUCUGCAUUGAACCCGCUGAUUUACUACUGGAGGAUUAAGAAAUUCCACGAGGCCUGCCUGGACAUGAUGCCCAAGUCCUUCAAGUUCUUACCGCAGCUCCCUCGGCACACAAAGCGACGGAUACGCCCCAGCGCCGUCUACGUGUGCGGGGAGCAUCGGACGGUGGUGUGA